AUGGCGGGCAACGUGCCACUGACCUGUAGCACCACCAGCUGUCCUCUGACUGGUAACCCCACCUACAUCUGGUACAAGAAUGGACAGGUUGUAACUGAGAACACUUUACACUACUCAGUCUACCCUGAAGCUGUGGACAGCUACUUCUGUGCUGUAAAAGGCCACGAGGAUCUUCACUCUCCGGCAGUGUGUGUUCAGGGUCAGAGCUGCAGCAGAGUGAAUUACACCAAUAGGAGUAUCUGUGCCCUGAAGGGGUCAACAGUGGACAUAUCCUGUACUUAUGUUGGUUAUUAUUACACCAAAUCAUCAUUCUGGUUUAGAAGUGAUAAGUCGACCCCUGAAGACCUAACCAGAGACCCAGGGUAUGCAGAUCGUGUGGAGUACACUGGACAAACAGAGUAUCAAUACUCAGUCAGUAGAGGAGGUUCUGACAGCUACUCCUAUGCUUCUUCUCUGAGCUGUUUAAGGGUGACCUACACCAGUAGGAGCAUCUGUUCCUUGAUACCAUCCGUGGACCUGCCUUGCACUACCAUAUAUCCCACAGACCUGCAGGUGAAGGUGACUCCUGGCACAGAGGCAUGGAAGAGGACACUGACCUGUACCACCAGCUGUACUCUGACUGACAACCCCACCUACAUCUGGUACAGGAACGGACAGUCUCUUGAUUGGCUCACUUCCCAACAACACUCUGUCUGGAGUUCUGAAACAGAGAGUUACUCCUGUGCUGUUAAAGGCCAUGAGGAUCUCCGCUCUCCUGCAGUGUGUGUUCAGGGUCACAACUGCUGGAGGGUGACUUACACCAAGAGGAGAAUCUGUGUCUUGAAGGGCUCCACAGUGGACAUAUCCUGCUCUUACACUCAUCCCACUAGUUACAUAGAACAAGGUUCAUUCUGGUUUACACAGAAACACCCUGUAGAUGUCAGGUCAUAUCCAGAGUCUGCAGGUCGUGUGGAGUACAAUAGGAACACAGAGAACCACCAUACCAUGACAAUAACACACCUGACAGAGAAGGACUCGGCUGAAUACAAAUUCAGAUUAAUAACAACAAAGGAGGGGAGAUUUUCUGGUCUUCCUGGUGUGAUGUUGACUGUCACAGAUAUCCUGUUGGAGAUGGAUCCUACAUCUGUGUCAGAGGGGGGGUGGGUCACACUGAGAUGUAGAACCCAAUGUACAGUCGGUCUCAACCCCACCUACAUCUGGUACAAGAACGGACAAAGUCUGACCAACCCAAUCACCAGUUAUAACAGCCUUAUCCUAGACCCAGUCAGCAGUGAGGAUGCAGGAAACUACUCCUGUGCUGUAGAAGGCUUAGAGAGAAUCCUCUCUCCAGAAGAGACUCUCACUGUCAGAUAUGGCCCAAAGAACACCUCAGUGUCAGUCAGUCCCUCUGGUGAACUAGUGGAGGGCAGUUCAGUGACUCUGACCUGCAGCAGUGAUGCCAACCCACCUGUGCAGAGUUACACCUGGUACAAGAAGAACGUAACCUCACCAAAAGCAUCAGGACAGAGUUACAACAUCACUAACAUCAUCUCUGAGGACAGAGGAGAAUAUUACUGUGAGGCUGAGAAUAUAAUAGCAUCUAAUAACUCUACAGCUCUGAUGAUCAUUGUAGCAGGGAAACAAACCUCAGUUGUGACUGCAGCUGUAGGAAUCAUAGUGGUUGUUCUGGUUCUCAUCCUCUGUCUCUCUGGACUCAUGUGGUUCAGGAAGAAGGCCUCCAAACCCACCAACACAAGAGACACAUCAGAUGAUGGACAGGGAGACUCUAGUCCAGUGUAUGACAACAUCUCAAACAUGGCCAUGACCUCUACUGCAGCACAGACAGCUGACACAGACAACCAGGAUGGUGUUCACUACGCCAGCGUCCACUUCUCUGGCUCCAAAAACCAGGAAGUGCCUCUGUACUCCACCGUCCAGCUGCAUCAACCACAGAAACAGGACCAAGAUGUCCAAUACGCUGCUGUGAAAUUCAACCUCCCCAGUUCUGCCACCCAACAAGCAGCAGCACAAGCAGCUGAGGUGGAUGCCUCUGAGAUCUACAGUACAGUCAACAAACCCAGAACCAAGAAGACUUGAACAUAACAAACCCAGAACCAAGAAGACCUGAACACAACAAACCCAGAACCAAGAAGACAUGAACACAAAUGCCCAGAACCACAAACCCAGAACCAGGAAGAACUGAACAAAACAAAACCAGAACCAAGAAGACCUGAAUACAACAAACCCAGAAACAAGAAGACAUGAACAGAACAAGUUUGACAAAAGCCUUGUAUAAAUAUAAAUAAAACCUUGUAUCGGGGGUUUGUGGUAUGUGGCCAAUAUACCACGGCUAAGGGCUGUAUCCAAGUACUCAGUGUUGCAUUGUGCACAAGAACAGCCCUUA